AACCAAGAUGGCGGCCGUCAACCUGAACCUCUUCACGGGAAAAGGCAACGGAAUCGGAAAUAUGGGACUUGCAGGUUAUUAAUGGAGCAUUGAGAUGUCUAAUAACUGUUUACACACCGUUUCCGUGCCCACCCUCCUCCCCGGCUCCAGCGCUCCUUCCGCGGACCCGCAUCUUCACCGCCUGCUGAUGAGAAAAUACAGUGUCUUUGCCUCUUGUCAGCACCGCCACUGCGCAUGCUCGAGACACAAUGGAGACACAACGCAUUGCUCUCUCGUAUCGUGACUGAGGGGACAAUAACCAUCACGGUUAUUGGACAGAGCAGGCAGUUAGAAACUGCUGGUAGCAGAGAAGCUGUUACUGUGAAGAAAAUGGUUCCAUGCUUCAACAGAUGUUUCUUGCCUGACUGCUCUCUCUGCAAUCUCUCCUGUCUGUAAGAACCUGAGUUUGAAUUUCCAAUUUGCGAAGAGAUUUUGAAAUAUUGCAGUGCGUAAAUAACCUCUGCUUUGCUUAAAGCUGAGUGUUUUGACCAGCUGCAACACUCCUGGAAUAUCCACUUUACAUCUGCCUUUAAAAUAAGAAGAAGUUAAUGUCUGGGUUACCUUAAAGUGUUUUGAGGGAGUCUGGCCUGGCCCAUCACAAAUAUUAAAUCAGACGAUCAGACAUUUGGUCAAAGAGGGUGUUAAAAAGUUUGAAGACUGAGAGAUUAUUCUGUGACUCUGGAGUUUCCAAUAUCUUUCAAGAUGCAGGAUCCAGCCAGAGAUUUUAAAAUUGAAGACAGUGAAAUUGUAUCAGAGAGGAUGCCAGAGGAGGAGAAAUUACAGUCAGGGAUCACAGAUCCAGCAGCACCUCAAACAAAUCUGGUGGAGGCUUCCAGGUUAUCUCAGUCAGAGUGUUGUUUAAUUUUGAAUGUGAAAGGAAAGAGCACACUUCACAAUUGUCCCUACGUGUGUCCUGUAUGUGGACAAGGCUUCAGCCAAUCAUCUGGCCUGUUCAGGCACAAGUGCAGUGGCAGUGGGGAGAAGCCAUCGAAAUGUGGAGACUGUGGGACAGAAUUCAGCAACCAAUCUGAGCGGGAACUUCAUCAACACAGUCACACUGAGGAGAGACCAUGGAAAUGUGGGAGCUGCAACGAAGGUUUCAGAUCCCUGACUGAGCUGGAAACCCAUCGACACAGUCACACCGGGGACAGGCCAUUCAUGUGCUCUGAGUGUGGGAAGGGAUUCAUUCGGUCAUCCCACCUCACGACCCACCAGCGGGUGCACACUGGGGAGAGACCUUUUAAAUGCACAGAAUGUGGGAAGUGCUAUAAAUGUUCUGGGGAAUUGCUGUCCCAUCAACGUGUUCACACUGAGGAGAGACCAUUCAGAUGCCCUCACUGUGGGAAGGGAUUCAAGACAUCAUCUGAAGUCAUUGUACACCAGAGAAUUCACACUGGGGAGAGGCCGUUCACCUGCAGUGUGUGUGGGAAGGGAUUCACUCGGUCAUCCCACCUCACAAUACACCAUCGAGUCCACACUGAGGAGAGACCUUUUCAAUGCCCAGACUGCCGAAAGUGUUUUAAAAGUUCCAGGGAACUAAUGCGUCAUCGACGUGUUCACACUGAUGAGAGACCAUUCAGGUGCACUCACUGUGGGACUGGGUUUAGACAGUCAUAUCAUCUGACUGAACACCAGCGAAUUCACACUGGGGAGAGACCAUUUAAAUGUCCAGACUGUGGGAAGUUCUAUAAAAGUUCUGGGGACCUAAUGUCCCAUCAACGUGUUCACACUGAGGAGAAACCAUUCAGGUGCUCUCACUGUGGGGCUGGGUUCAAGCAAUCGUCUCAACUCACUGUCCAUCAGCGAAUUCAUACUGGGGAGAGGCCGUUCACCUGCUCCAUAUGUGGGAAGGGAUUCAUUCGAUCAUCCCAACUCGUGACACACCAGCGGGUGCACACUGAAGAGAGACCUUUUAAUUGUUCACUCUGCGGGAAAUGUUUUAAAAGUUCUCAGGAAGUGAUGACCCAUCAACGUGUUCACACUGAGGAGAGACCUUUUAAAUGCUCAGACUGUGGAAAGUGCUAUAAAACAUCUGGGGAUCUGAUGUCUCAUCAACGUGUUCACACUUCUGAAAGACCAUUCAGGUGCUCUCACUGUGGGAUUGGGUUCAAACAUUCUUCUCACCUCACUGUACACCAGCGAAUUCACACUGGGGAGCGACCUUUUAAAUGCCCAGAUUGUGGAAAGUCCUAUAAGAGUUCUGGCUAUCUGAUGAUCCAUCAACGUGUUCACACUCAAGAGAGACCGUUCAGAUGCUCUCACUGCGGGACAGCAUUCAAGCAGCCAUCUCACCUCACUCUACACCAGCGAAUUCACACUGGGGAGAGGCCUUUCACCUGUACUGAGUGUGGGAAGGGAUUCACUCGGAAAGCCCUCUUGCUGAGUCACCAACGGGUUCACACGUACUCCUCUGGAUUGUCCAUCCAUAUCAAUGAUGCAUUUGAAGUCUCGAGCCAGAAUGACAGGACUGGAUGCCAACAGCAGCAGUGGGAGCUCACUCUUUACCACUGGAGCACCAAUAUGGAGAGACAUGAGCAUACCUGUACCAUAGAGAAACCCUGGAAAUGUGCAGAUUGUGGGAAGGGAUUCAAAUACCCAUCCCUGCUGGAAACCCAUCAACGCAGUCACACUGGGGAGAGGCCAUACACCUGCUCUGUUUGCAGGAAGGGAUUCACCCUGUCAUCUGACCUUCUGAAACAUGAACGCACUCACACUGGGGAAAGACCAUUCAUCUGCCCCGAGUGUGGGAAGGGAUUCAGUGACUCAUCCAACCUGCUGAAACACCAGCAAAUUCACACUGGGGAGAGGCCAUUCAUCUGCUCUGAAUGUGGGAAAGGAUUCACUCUGUCAUCUGACCUUCUGAAACAUGAACGCAUUCACACUGGGGAGAGGCCAUUCAUCUGCCCCGAGUGUGGGAAGGGAUUCAGUGACUCAUCUAAUCUGUGGAGACACCAGCGCGUUCACACUGGGGAGAGGCCAUUCAUCUGCUCUGAAUGUGGGAAAGGAUUCACUCGGUCACCCCACCUGCUGAAGCACCAGCGAGUUCACACUCGAGAGAGACCAUUCAUCUGCCUAGAGUGUGGGAAGGGAUUCAGUGACUCAUCCUACCUGCUGACGCACCAGCGAGUUCACACGGGGGAGAAGCCAUUCCCCUGUUCUGAGUGUGGGAAGGCAUUCUCUCAGUUAUCCAACCUCCGGGCACACCAACUAGUUCACACUGAUGAGAAACCUUUCAAAUGUUCGCUCUGUGAGAAAAGCUAUAAACGCAGACGUGAAGUGCUGACACAUCAACGCAUUCACACUGGGGAGAGGCCAUUUCCCUGCCCUGAGUGUGGUAAACGAUUUGUACAUUCAAAAAAUCUUCUGAAACACCAACGAAUGCACGCUAGUGAGAAGUUGUUACCUGCUCCUUCUUGGGAAAGGAUUUACUCAGUCAUCCAACCUGUUGAGACACCAGCAAGUUCACAAGUGACUGUGGAGCAGGCGCCUGUUGCUGUUGUUGUUCUUAAUGAAACUUUUCCUCAUGUCAACACUGCAUCUUUUUCCCAAAACCUUAACUCUAGCUCCCCAAUGCUUGGACCAUCACAGAAUGGAAACAAUGUUUUAUUUCUCUACCUUAACUAAACCUGUCAAUAACUUGUACACUUGAGGCAUGGUGACUGGGACUAGACUCUUUAGGACUUAACUAGAGAACUUUUAAAAAAUCACACACCACCAGGUUAUUGUCCAACUAUUUCCCACAACAGGUCCCUCCUCCCUACCUUUUAUCUUGGCCUGCUUGGCACACCCCCUUCAUUCGUGAAGAAGGGCUUAUGCCCGAAGCGUCGAUUCUCCUGCUCCUUGGAUGCUGCCUGACCUGCUGUGCUUUUCCAGCAACACAUUUUUCAGCUCUGAUGAAGGAGCAGGAUCUGAAAGCUACUGCUUCCAAUUAAACCUGAUGUUGUGAUUUUUAACUUUGUACACCCCAGUCCAACACCAGCAUUUCCAAAUCAUGACUACCAUCGACACCUUUAAAAAGAUCCGUAUCUUUUCCCUGAUUUUCUUUUCUAUCUCAGUUUAUGAAGUUCAAGGUUCCAUAUGUUUUGCUCACAGCUCUCUCAAUGUGUCCUGUCAUCUGGAUAGUGUCCCUACCUUGCAGCUAGAAGAUCUGGUUUCAAGCCCUUCCUGCUCUGGAGCCGUUAGAGCAGUUUCAUAUUUUUCUUAACUGAUGAUUGUUCAAUGUCCAUUGGGGUCUGUUUUUGCUGAAGGUAAUGAACUCCAGCUCAGUUAAACAGACUACCAGGGUGGGGUGGAAUAAUAAACUCAAGUUCAUUUCUGCAAUAAACUUGUUAAUUUGUACAAUAGAUCUGUGUAAUCGUCAUUCAUUUGUAAAUUGGAUUGAUUCAUUUGUGGGAUUCUCAAACUCGUUAAAAGUAAACUAGCUGACUUGUCCAUUUCAGUCCCAUUUAAACCUUCUGUUGAUCUGUAUGAAAAUUGUGUUCCCAUGUGAAAUAAAUUUGUAUAUGGUUACAGAA